AUUCUUAAAUUCGAAAAAACAUUUCUGUCCACACCUCCAAUUUGGUGCAAUCCAACAAACACAGACAAAGUUGCUUAAUUCAUCACCUUCUGCUACCUCUUCUUCUUCAUUCCCAUUUCCUUGCAAAAGGAACCACCCUACCAUGAGCAUCUCCACCACCCUUUCCUUUGACCCUCUCUUCAGCUUCAAUCAUUGUGUCAACAGAGAAAGAGAACCCUCCAUUCACAGUUCCAAGCCAAAGCUAUUCUCUCGUACUUCCUCCUCCACUCUCACCCUCUUCAACUCCAGCAGCAAUAACUGUACCUAUAACUUCGCCUCUUGGAAACCCCACAAGUUCCACACUCCAAAGUUUGAGGCUUUUGCUACAAACACUGAUACCCUCGAGUCCCUUCAGUCUUUUGAUGUCUUGUUCGACCAGACGUUCCCCAUCAACCGAACUGAGCUGGUGGAGGGAAAGAUCUAUGUAAGAUUGGAUCAUGGGAAGGAUUUGGGAAAUUGGGAGCUUACAGUGGGUUGCAAUCUAACAGGGAAAUGGAUUCUUCAUUGGGGAGUUUCUCAUGUGGAUGAUGUUGGAAGUGAAUGGGAUCAACCUCCUCGGGAUAUGAUACCACCUGGAUCUGUUCCUAUUAAGGACUAUGCAAUAGAAACACCCAUGCUGAAAUCAUUGUCGUCUGCGGAAGGAGAUGCUUUACAUGAAGUCAAGAUCGAUAUUAAACCCAACACUGAUAUUUCAGCGAUUAAUUUUGUUCUCAAGGAUGAGGAAACUGGUGCAUGGUAUCAACACAAAGGAAGAGAUUUCAAGGUUCCUCUGGUUAAUUACCUUAAGGAGGAUGCUAAUAUAAUUGGACCCAAAAAAGGUUUUAGUUUGUGGCCAGGGGCCUUGGGGCAGAUAUCUAAUAUUCUCCUCAAGUCAGAUGCAACGCAUGACAAAGUUCAAGAUGGCAACACUGGAUCCCGAACUACACAAGUAGAAAAUAGUGAACUAGAAGGUUUCUAUAUAGAGCUGCCUAUUACCAAGGAAAUUAUCGUCAAUAACUCUAUCAAUGUCUCCAUUAGGAAAUGUGCUGAAACAGCUAAGAAUAAUUUAUAUUUAGAAACAGAUAUACCCGGAGAUAUUCUCCUUCAUUGGGGGGUUUGUAGGGAUGAUUUGAGGUGGUGGGAAAUUCCACCUGCCCCUCAUCCACCAGAGACAAUAGCAUUUAAGGACAGAGCAUUAAGAACUAAAUUACAGUCAAGAGACAAUGGAGUGGGAAGUUCAUUGCAGCACUCUUUGGGAGAAGAAUUUUCUGGAUUUCUUUUUGUUUUAAAGCUAAAUGACGGUACUUGGAUAAAUGACAUGGGAGAUGACUUUUAUAUCCCUCUCCCAAGAUCUAGUAGCUUAACUAUUGGCAAGAGGGAUGACCAAUUUGAGGGUGUGCAGAGGGAAGUGACGGAAGUCACUGAAGAGUCAGGUCAAGAGGAAUCUGCAUCUACAUUUACCGAUGAAAUAAUCAAUGAAAUAAGGCAUUUGGUGACAGAUAUUUCCUCUGAGAAGAACCGAAAGACAAAAUCCAAAGAAGCACAAGAAUCCAUUCUUCAAGAAAUUGAAAAGCUAGCUGCUGAGGCCUACAGCAUCUUCAGAAGUUCAGUUCCAACUUUCUCAGAGGAAACUAUUGUGGAAUCUGAGGCUGCUGUCGAAUCCAAGACACUAAUAUUUCCUGAAUUGCCUCCACAAAUAUCCUCCGGAACAGGCACAGGGUAUGAAAUACUAUGCCAAGGGUUUAAUUGGGAAUCUCAUAAAUCUGGAAGAUGGUACAUGGAGCUUAAAGAGAAAGCUGCAGAACUGGCAUCAUUUGGCAUUACUGUGAUAUGGUUACCACCCCCCACAGAAUCUGUUUCUCCUGAAGGAUAUAUGCCAAAGGAUUUAUAUAAUUUAAAUUCUAGAUAUGGAACUAUUGAUCAACUGAAGGAUGUUGUAAAAUGUUUUCAUGAAGUUGGAAUCAAAGUGCUUGGAGAUGUUGUUUUAAAUCACCGCUGUGCUCACUAUAAGAAUCCGAAUGGUAUUUGGAACUUAUUUGGAGGUCGUCUCAACUGGGAUGAUCGUGCAAUUGUAGCUGAUGAUCCACAUUUUCAGGGGAGGGGCAACAAGAGUAGUGGAGACAAUUUUCAUGCUGCUCCAAACAUUGAUCACUCGCAGGAAUUUGUGAGAAAGGAUCUUAAAGAAUGGUUACUGUGGUUGAGGAGAGAAAUCGGGUAUGAUGGGUGGAGGCUUGACUUUGUCAGAGGAUUUUGGGGUGGUUAUGUAAAGGACUACCUGGAAGCAAGUGAGCCAUACUUUGCUGUAGGAGAGUAUUGGGAUUCUCUUAGUUAUACAUAUGGUGAAAUGGAUCAUAAUCAAGAUGCACAUAGGCAAAGGAUCGUUGACUGGAUCAAUGCUACUGGUGGUACUGCUGGCGCAUUUGAUGUUACAACCAAAGGAAUUCUUCACUCUGCUUUGGAAAGAUGUGAAUACUGGCGCUUGUCAGAUCAGAAGGGGAAGCCCCCUGGUGUUCUUGGAUGGUGGCCAUCUCGUGCUGUUACUUUUAUAGAAAAUCAUGAUACUGGUUCUACCCAGGGUCAUUGGAGAUUUCCCAGUGGAAAAGAAAUGCAAGGAUAUGCUUACACUCUUACUCACCCAGGAACUCCAUCAGUAUUCUAUGACCAUCUUUUUUCUCAAUAUAAAACUGAAAUAUCAACACUUCUCUCUAUCAGAAAGCGGAACAAGAUCCACUGCAGGAGUACAGUUAAAAUUUGCAAGGCAGAAAGGGAUGUUUAUGCAGCUUUGAUAGAUGAAAAAGUUGCUAUGAAGAUUGGACCUGGUCAAUUUGAACCACCCAGUGGAUCCCAAAAAUGGUCCUCAGCUUUGGAGGGAAGGGACUAUAAGAUUUGGGAGGCAUCGUAAUAUCACUCUUUUUAUCUUUCAAGUGUAUGUUCCUUUGGAAAAUCAUCAUCACCACUUUGUACAUGUUUCUUAGGUGGCAAGUAUAAAGACAGAAGAAUAGAUGAUGGUGUGACAAGCCAUAAUUGCUGUAUAGAAGCAAUAUUAUAGAAAAGAUUGCAGAGGGUUCAUUUCAGUCCACUGCUGACUCUUCUGGAAUCAGAAAGCCUUAAUAUUAUACAUUACUUUGUUUAUACACAAUGUACAAUAUUUAGAUAUUUACUAUUGACAAUAAUGUAUGCAACUGCCAUAUGUGGUACAUAAUUCUUUGAGCAGCUUCCUGAAUCAAGAUGGCAAUGUAUUGGACAAAAAGGAAAGGGAAUGUUUAUAUGAAUGAAUAAGUUGAUAAUUUCAUGAUA